AUGUAUUCUGGCAGCCUAGAAGACGGAUGUUUUUGUACUAUAGGUGGCUCUUCGGUCUGUUCUCAUAAUAGUAAUUGGUCAAUGAGUGUUGUCACAGGAUACUCCACUGAUUCCGAAAGCGAAAACGAUGUUGAAAUCGAGGAAACCACAGAUAUCAAAACGACGUCGGGAAAAUUCCAGCAGGAAUACAUUGAACCACUCCAAUUUAAAAGGAACAAGCGAAUACAUUCAGCCUAUCUUGCCGAUGAUGGAGCUUCGAAUAAAAUGAAUAAAACUACUAAAGAUAAAGCGAUACGUUUGAAGAGGAAAAAGUCAAAAGGAGAUCCAUCGAUACUUGAUGACGAGGAAGAGAGGAAAGGCUAUAAAGGGUCUUGGGCAAGCUCUAGCUCAUUAUCAGAUGAUGAUGAAUAUGAUGAAGUAGUUGCGGUUCCGGAAAAUGAAAGCUUUGUAAUGAAAGCGUCAGAUACAAUUGAACAAAGCGAGCCGGACUACGAAUUUAAGGAAUCAUCCAAGUAUUACGGGAAAAGGUCUGACAACAGUAGCAUAUAUGACCUUCCUAAAGACUAUCAGAUACGAUUUGCCACUACUGUUGCUGGACAGAAGGAAUAUUUCACUCCUAAGAAGCUACUUUCUUCUUUCAAGGCCCACGAGUCUGCAGUAACAUCGCUUGAGUUUUUUCCCCACUCUGGCCAUAUGUUACUUUCAGCUGGUAACGAUUGCAUGAUUAAGCUUUGGUCCACCACAAAGCCCAAAUCUUUGAUUAGAGACUACCAUAGCCAUAGCAAACCGGUCAAACAUGUAACGUUUUCUGAAAGCGGUCACGAGUUUAUAUCCUGCUCCUACGACAGAACCGUUAAGAUCUGGGACACAGAAAGAGGUGAAGUAGAGUAUAAACACAAAGUAUCAUCUAAUCCCAAUAUGGCCACAUUUGUCCCUAACAAACCCAACGAGUAUAUGGCUGCACUAGAUUCUAGAAGGGUGGAACAUUUUGAUUGGCGUACAAAGGAUUCUAUACAAACAUAUGAGCACCACCAAAGUGCAAUUACUUGGAUCGAGUUCAUCAACGGUGGAAAUCAGUUUAUAACUGCGUCGGAUGAUAGGACGUUGAAGAUAUGGGAUAUACGUGUGAAUAUGCCGAUUAAAUAUAUCCAAGACCCAAAGCAGCAAGCCAUGCCGAUAGUGAAAAAGCACCCGAACGGUCAGUAUUUUGUCGGCCAAAGUAUGGACAAUCAGAUAUUAGUUUAUAGCACUAAGCAACAGGAUAAGUUCAAGAAGAACAGCAAUAAGUUUUUCUCUGGCCACAAGUCGGCUGCAUAUGCUAUACAGAUGGGGUUCACUCCAGACGGCAAAACACUAAUUAGCGGUGAUUCCAAUGGCUACUGCUACUUCUGGGAUUGGAAGUCCACUAAGGUCAUACGUAGACUCAAAGUUUCAGAAAAAGUGAUCUCUUGCGUCGAUGUCCAUCCUUUAGAAACUAGUUUGGUGUCCAUGGCUGGAUUUGAUGGUAACAUCUACUUAUAUACGUGA